UCCUAUCGAUCCCAGCAACUUCUCCCGAAGUUCUGCUCGAUUCUGUGCAAUGUGACAAGUAGGCUAGGGUCCUACAAUGGUACUUCUUACAAGGUUUCUGUUAUUUCCUAACAAGACCACAAGAAGAUUUCCAGCUGGAAAUAAACGACACAGUUUCAUUGAUCAGGUCCGCAUCUAUGCCAGGGGAGGAGGAGGGGGGCAAGGUCAUCCCAAAUUUGGUGGGAUCGGAGGCAAAGGUGGUGAUGUAUAUGUCCAAGCUUCUACAGGGGUCACUCUGAAAAAUGUGAAAUCUUCUAAAAGGGAUCAACGCUAUAUUGCUGGGCCAGGAGACAACAGCAAAGCCCGCAUUCUUCAAGGUGGCAAAGGAAGAGAUGUAGUCAUCAAAGUGCCUCCUGGAGUUUGUGUAACGGAUGAUAAUAAUCGGUUAUUAGGAGACUUGAACAAUGUUGGUGAAAAGGUGUUAGUUGCUCGAGGUGGUGAAGGUGGAUAUGAGAAGAAUUUAUGGAACGGAGCUAAGGGAAGCAGAGGAAGCUUCAAACUCAUCUUGAAAUUGAUUGCUGAUGUUGGAUUUGUUGGUUUCCCUAAUGCUGGAAAGUCAACUCUUUUGAAGGCUGUUUCAAGGACUGAGCCUAAGAUAGCUGAUUAUCCAUUCACUACUAUAAGGCCACAGGUCGGAGUUGUGGAAUAUGCUGAUAAGCGUCAGAUCAGUAUGGCUGACCUUCCUGGCCUGAUAGAGGGCUCUCACCAGAAUAUGGGAAUGGGGCACCGAUUCCUCCGCCACGUUGAGCGCACUAAACUCCUUCUCUUUGUCAUAGACAUCCAUGGCUUUCAGCUUUCACCCAGACAUGCCUACAGGAAUGCAUACCAAACGAUAAACAUCCUUAACAAGGAAUUGGAACUUUACAAGUCUGAACUUGUGGAAAAGCCGGCUAUCUUGGCGCUAAACAAAGUAGAUGUGGAAGGAGCAGAUAAAUUACUCCAGGAAACAGUAGAGCUCAUCCAAGACAAAUCAUUGCACAGUCUGACUGAAAAGGACACUGAGGAGAAUGAAGAACACAGAUUACCAAUUUCCUUUGAAGACAUCAUCCCAAUCUCAGCUAAACAUGGAGAAGGCCUUGAUAGAUUAAAAAGCAGAGUUCGGGAAGUGAUUGAUGAACACUAUGAAAAAGAAAGAACAAUACAAGAUUUGGAGGUUGAGAUGGGAAGGAGAAAAAAUAUUGGAGUAGUAUGAGUUAGGUUGGUGCAGCCAACAAUUUGGCUGGUUGUUGCACCAUACCUGAAGAUGAGGAUGUACUGGUCAUGGGGAAGAUCAAAGAAGUAACCCAGACCAAUGGGAGGAUCGAUGGUGGAAAGAAGAUUAAUAUCUCCCUAUAGGGGUGGCAAACCUGGGGGGGGGGGGGGCCGGGAGGGGCACAGUGCCCCCACUUUGUGAAGCUCUGAAAAAGUGCCCUUUUUUAUGCAAGAAAAAUGCCCCUUACGAACGUGUACUGUGCCACUUUUAUCAGAAGGGAACCCGUUUUAGGUGUUACCAAGUGCCCUUUCUCGUAUCAGUGCCAAAUUUUAACAAAAAAAUUCCCCUCCCCUGUGCCCCUUUCACCUGAGAAGGACCUGUUUUAUGCCGUUAUCAAGUGCCCUUUUGCCAUCUUAUAGCUGCCCUUUCUCGUGUCAGUGCCCCUUAUUGGAUAUUACCCAAGAAAAGUGCCCCUCAUUAGCGUGUUCUCUGCCCCUUUCUCUUGAGAAGGACCUGUUUUAUGUCUGAGCAAGUGCUCCUUUGCCUUCUUAUAAGUGCCCUUUCUCAAAUCAUUGCCCCCCCCUGCGGAAUUAUUUUUGCAUACAGCCAUGUUUAAGAAAGUGCUCUUUUUUAAAGAAAAGGUGCCCUUUUGUCCCUGUGCCCCCGACCCCCGUGCUCUCCUCCCCCACUUUCAACUUUGCUCUGCAGCCCCGCUCCCUAUGAUACACACACUUGUCAGGUUUUAGAUAGAUAGAUAAAUGGUUUUAUUAAAAAAACAAUUCAUGGUAGCCCAAAGGCUAAUUUUACAUUGUUUUACAUUGUAAAGAUCUUGUUACAUGUAAGAUUAGAUACAUACAAUGACCAUUUUGAACAACAUGAAAAUUUCAAAGUAAACUAUCAAUAUACAAAAAUCAUAAAAAUACAAACAUUAGCCUCCAAACCAAUUAAGUUAGAAUAAUAAAAGAUAACUCAUAAAUAUAUAAUGCAAAUUAAAAUCAGAAUUAGAAUUGAGGACAGGUCUGGAAAUGGGCAACACCAGAGCAAC